AUGGCCGGACAUGCUGUUCCGGAGGAGCUCACGGUAGCCGAGCAUCUGCCGGGCCAGCUUCUCCCCAAGUCAGGACUGAGUGGCAAAGGGAAAGCACGUCAAACACCUCACACAGCCAAAGAAGGAGCCACCGAGUCCUUCCUUCAUCGACUGGCAGGCCCGUCGACCGGGAAGUCAGGCCUGACCCGUGAUCCUGCAGAAGUGAGGCAGAUCAUCUGGGAGGCGAGCAAAGGGUCUGCAUUUGCACAGAAUGAGCAACGCAGGGAUGAAGCUACCCAGCUCAAGAUCAAGGUCUUGCUCGACCAGCUCAGCAAGCGGGUAGCUCUCACCAAUGGCAAUCUGCGCGCAGAGGAGAUCAUCGUCGAGGCUCAAGUCGAACUGCUCGAAGCAACGCGAGAUCUCUCGCAAACCAUCGUCGUGGUCGAUUGUGAUGCAUUCUACGCGAGCGUCGAGGAGCUCGACGAUCCGUCGCUCAAGGGAAAAGCGUUUGCAGUCGGCGUUGGAGUCUGCACUACCGCGUCUUAUGAAGCUCGAAAGUAUGGUGUUCGGUCUGCACUGGCAGGCUACAUCGCAAAGAAGCUCUGUCCACACCUCAUUUUUGUCAAGCCAGACUUUACCAAAUACUCCCAGGCUUCUGCGCGCGUCAUGGCAAUCUUACGCAAAUACGAUCCCCACCUCGCUCCCGCAAGUUUGGACGAAGCAUACCUGAAUAUUACUGUCUUUAUGAGAUCAAGCGGCUUAUCAGCAGACGAUGCCGUGAUGCAGAUGCGGACCGAGAUCAAGGAGACGACAGGCCUGACCGUUUCUGCGGGCAUCGCACCCAACACGCUGUUGGCCAAGAUGGCCGCUGAUGUCAAUAAGCCAGAUGGGCAAUGUCGCGUCAUGCCAACUCGAGACGCUGUCGUAGAAUUCACAUCCGCUCAACCGGUCAGAAAGAUCUUUGGCGUCGGUCGCGUGACAGAAGCCUGGCUCGUCGCACUCGAUGUACGGAGAAUCAGCGACAUCUGGGCCAAGCGGGGUAUGCUCCACCUCAUUCGGACCAGCAUUAGUCUCGACUUCCUCCUCAAAGCCUAUCUCGGCUUAGGCUCCUCUCUCGUGUCAGCCAGCACACGCGAGUCACGCAAAUCUGUCGGACGUGAGGACACCUUCGGCAAGCUAGCAGAUUACAGCGGCUUCUUGGAGGUCUUGCGUGCGCUAGCAGAGACGCUGGGCAAUGAUUGCCAGUCUCUGCAAUUUGCGGGACGGACCCUCACACUUAAAUUCAAGCUGAGCACGUAUGAGCCGUUCACGCGCGCGAGAACGAUAGGCCAGCAUCACCUGUAUCGAGAUACAGAGCAAUUCUACAAGGUCGGUAAGGAGCUACUCGAUGAAGCUAUCACGGAACGUCGCAAGCUUUAUGACGAUGGCAAGACGCCCGUGGGCUGUGGGGGGACGCGGGAGAUCGAACUCAGGCUCUUGGGUCUGCGCAUCACAAACUUGGUGGAUCAAAGUGAGGCAGCAAUCGCCAAACGCAGGGCGCGGACCAUCGACCAUUGGGCUGUCGUAUCGCCGAAAGGAGUCGUUACGCCCGUGCCAACCGAGUCGCACAGCAAAAGGAAGAGGAGCGAGACGCCCCUCGCAACGCACACACGUAUGGACGAGUCUGGCGCUAUUGUCAUCCUGGACGAUGAGGAAGUAGACGAACCGCGCGCAACGAGCGUUGGAUCAGUCAAGGAGGCGGAAGAAGACGACGACGACGAGGUGAUCUUCUCAUCGAUGACAUCCACGUCUGGAGCAACUGGGAUACAGUGUCCCAUUUGCCACAAAAGCUUCUUGCAAGACAUGGCUCAACUCAAUCGCCACUUAGAUGCCUGCCUGGUCAAGCAAGCCGAUGAGAACAUAGCAGUCACGCCGGGCUCGGCAUUCGACCGACUGAUGAAGGCUCAGAAGACGCGCCCGAAGACAAGAUCAAGGAAACUAGAGCAGAUUCAUCGCGUCCGGCCGACAAACAAGUAA